AUGGCUGCAUGCAUAUCGUCAUUAGGUCACGAUCAAUAUUCAUUCAACAAGUUUGAUGAAGUAAUUUUCAAGUUUUCGCACAAGAGGCCGUACUUCGACUUCUCUUCUUAUGAAAUUAAUGAUCAACUGGAAAAUCACAGCAACAAGAGACUCAAAUUUAGUUAUGAUGCUGAUCAACACUUGAGUUUUUCAAUCAACUCAUCAUUAGGUCUUAUUGAUCAAUAUUCAUUCAAGAACGUAGAUGAAUUUUUCAAGAUCAACAAGAGGCUUGACUUUAGUACUAGUAACAAAUUACCAUGCCUAAAAAUGGUGGCUGGAUCUUUAUACUUGCCCAAAGAAAAUCCAAAGAAACCACUAGGUGAAGAUGCACACUUUAUCCAUGAAUUAUACCAAACUGUUGGUAUCGCUGAUGGCGUUGGUGGCUGGGCCAAAAAGAAAAUUGACGCUGGAAUUUACGCGAGAGAACUUAUGAAAAAUUCAUUUAUGGCUACAUAUAAUGAACCAAAGGGUGACGUGAACCCUAAAAGGGUUCUUCAAGAAGCUUACAGAAACACAAACUGCCAUGGAUCAUCUACAGCUUGUAUUAUAACCUUAAACUCCGAGAAGAAUACUUUAUGUGCUGCUAACGUUGGUGACAGUGGAUUUUUCCUAAUUAGGAAGGGAAAAAUUAUAUACAAGUCGCCAAUACAACAACGGGGCCGAUUUGGGUGUCCCUAUCAAUUGGGGAAUAGUAAGGAUAAUCCUAGCGUUGCUCAGGAGAUGGAACUAAACGUCGAAAAAGAUGAUAUUUUGAUCGUUGGAACGGAUGGGAUGCUGGAUAAUAUGAACGAAAGUGAGAUUGAGGAAAUUGUUCUGAGAGGGAUGGAUAAGAAGUUGAAGGCAGAGGAGUUGGCUAGUCAAAUUGGAAACGUUGCGCUGUAUAAUUCAUUUGAUAGAUUUGCAGAUACACCAUUUGCAAGAGCAGCUGAGAGGGAACGGCUUAGUCAUUUACAUAAAGGAGGAAAAAUUGAUGACAUUACUGUUAUUGUUUCGUAUAUUCAGUGAUUCAUUCGGAAAAGAAAUAUUCAAUUUUGAUGGAGCAGAAAAAUGGAAGCAGAGAAGUGGAGAUUCUGAAGCAUCAGUUUAGGUGUAGCAAAUUUUGUAUUAAAAAAAAAUAUGAUGCACAAAAUGUAACCAAUGUGCGAUUUAGUGUAAGUGGUAAAUUUACUGAUUCUUUGUUAAUCUAGUGAUAUUCCUUACGCCUGAAUUCAUGGUUCUACGACGGGGUAUACAACGAGCUGGUGGAUGUAUAUGCAUUCGGAAUGUGUCUUCUUGAGAUGGUUACUGGUGAAUAUCCCUGUGGAAUGCAGCAAUCGGGUACAGAUAAUUAAGAAAGUGUACACUGGUGUUGAGGCUAAAUCUCUGGGAAAGGUAAAGGACUCCAGAGUGAAAGAUAUAAUCGAAAAGUGUAUGCUUCCCAUGUCUGUUAGGCUGUCUGCGGAAGAGUUGCUGAAAGAUCCAUUCGUUUUAUACAAUAGUAUGAAUCACACGUUUAGUUUAGGAUUAUGGUGCAAUUGAUUUAUUGAUUGAUUCUUUUUCCCACAUUGUCUCUUGGAAACAUUUUAGAAUAGACAAGAGCCUUUCUUUUCCAGAAGUUGUUGUUAAUUUUAGAAUUCAGUUGACUGUCCAUUGAGA